AUGGUUUUUCCUCAGACAUCAGUUCCUUCGCAUUAUAUAACGGCUUCGGUGUAUGAUGGUGUCAUUUCAGACGUUAUGAAAGCAUGCCGGGACGCGUUCAUUGAGGAAGGUUACGAUGAAGCAAGUCUGUUAGACGUCAAGCGUCUUUGGACGCGAAAACUCGCCGAAACCAAAGCGGUUACUCGACAACCUGGUCGCCAAUCUCAGCAGCAGGUUGUCCGUCAACCUCAACAAAUUGUGCGACAGCCUCAACAAGUCUAUAUACAACGACAAGUCAGUCAAGAUGGCCGACCGAUUCAGCGUAGACAAUUCACUAGCAACGGGCAACCAGUUCAAUACGUUCAAUAUAGAAGUAACCAGUCCCCAAAUGUACAACAGUCGCCCCAACCGCAGCGCAUCUAUGUUCAAAGGCCUCAACAAGUUCAGACUCAAUACAUAGUUCAACAACGUCCUCAACAUUCCCAGCAGCAGCGACAGCCGCAGCAACAGAGAAUCAUAGUUCAAAAUAACCGUGCCCAGAACCUAUCCCCUGGUCCAAGCCACCGGGCUAGUCCAAACAGCAACCACGUUCAUCAACUCGAUGGAACAAGUGAUGAUAAACUUGAACUGGAAUCAGAAGUCACCCCAGCUCCAUCAAUCGAAGUUCCCGAAACAAAAUCAGCUCCUGCAAAUCCACCUCCUAUUCCUACAACACUUCCAGAAUCUAUCAGAUCGCUGUUAGACGAAGAUAGCGAAAUUAUUAUCCAAAUAGAUGGCGUCGGCGAUGAUGUAUCCUCAGGAUCCUUGAGCUCAUCUUCAAGUGACGAUCCUGAUUCUGACACCGAACAUGUCGACGAACCCGCUCUAAAUUCUGACGAUAAUUGUCCCAGUCCCGGCGUCGAUGAAACCUUUGAUUGUGAAAACAUCCUUGUAUGCAAGUACGAUAAAAUCACGCGAAACAAAAAUCAAUGGAAAAUGCAAAUAAAAGAAGGCAUCAUGAACAUCAAAGGAUACGAUCAUGUCUUCUGGAAAGCAUUGGGCGACACACCGUGGUAA